CGAGCCCUUGUGCGCAGACGCAAACCGCCGCGGCCUCGCCCUCUUGCGCAGGCGCGCUGUCCGCUGCCUCUCAGGGGACGCUCCCUAAGGCGCAAAACUGCCCCCACUGGGACCAUUAACAACGGUGAGCGGCCCGAAAAAGGCAGCAGAGACGACUCGCUGGUGCGCAUUAGUGGCCCUCUUGGCUUUACCUGCAGUUGCGCUCACCUUUCGUUACUCCCGGAGAGAUCUACCUGGCUAAAAGGGGCGGAGGCGCCUCGGCCCCAUUGCGCCUGCGCGGCGUACGGCGGCCGGAAGGGGCCAGAGGCAGCGCGGCGGGUGACAGCUGCGAGCCCCACCCUUUCCCCACGUGGCUGCGACGACUGGCUGCAGGCACAGAUGGCCUCCCGGCACAUCACGCAGGAGACCUUCGAUGCAGCCGUGCGAGAGAACAUGGAGGAGUUCGAGAUGGGGCCAGAGGACGCCCUGAGGGAGGCAGUGGAGCAGUUUGAGCUGCAAGGCGUGGAUCUGAGCACCGUCCUGAAGGUGGCGCCCAAGGCCGCUGCCGAAGGCGCCCUGGAGCCCGUGCACGCUGUGGGGCAGGCCCUGGAUGACCUGCGGGAGGCCGUGGCUGGCUCGCACCGCCAGGAGGUGUCCGCCCACCUGGCCCGCUUCUGUGAGCAGUGCCACGAGCACAGGGCCUGCCGCUUCCUGGCGGCCCAGAAGGGGGCCUACCCUGCCAUCCUGGCCGCCUGCAAGCUGGCAGCCUCGGGCGACCGGGGCCUCCUGCGCCAGGCCCUUGGUGCCCUGGCGGUACUCACUGAUGGCCAGCCCGACCUCCUGGACGCCGAUGGUGUGCAGCUGCUGGUGGCCACGCUGGCCCAGAACGCCGACGAGGCCGAUGUGACCUGCUCCGGGAUCCGCUGCGUGCGCCACGCCUGCCUGAAGCACGAGCGGAACCGGCAGGCCCUGGUGAAGGCUGGUGCGCUGCCCCUGCUGACCGGCGCCAUCGCCCGGCACGGCUGCCACGCCGACGUGGUCAGGGAGGCCUGCGGGGCCCUGCGAGUCAUGACCUUCGAUGAUGACAUCCGCGUGCCCUUCGGCCGCGCUCAUGACCACGCCAAGAUGAUCGUGCAGGAGAACCGAGGCUUGCAGGUCCUCAUCGACGCAGCCAAAGCGUUCUCCGACCACCCCGGCGUCCUGGGCGAGCUCUGCAGCACCCUGGCCCGCCUGGCCGUGCGCAAUGAGUUCUGCCAGGAGGUGGUGGACCUCGGGGGCCUCGACGUCCUGGUGACCCUGCUGGGCAGCUGCAACGACCACCAGGACCUCGUGAAGCAGGUGCUGAGCGCCCUGCGGGCCAUCGCGGGCAAUGACGACGUGAAGGACGCCAUCGUCCGCGCCGGCGGGUCAGAGGCUAUCGUGGCCGCCAUGACGCAGCACCUGGCCAGCCCCCAGGUGUGCGAGCAGAGCUGCGCGGCCCUGUGCGUGCUGGCGCUGCGCAAGCCGGAGAACAGCCGGCUCAUCAUGGAGGGCGGUGGCGCCCAGGCGGCCCUGCGGGCGAUGAAGGCGCACCCACAGGAGGCCGGCGUGCAGAAACAGGCCUGCAUGCUCAUCCGCAACCUGGUGUCCAGGAGCCAGGCCUUCUCCAAGCCCCUCCUGGACCUGGGCGCGGAGGCGCUCAUCGCGCAGGCGCGGGCGGCCCACCAGGACUGCGAGGACGUGGCCAAGGCCGCCCUCCGGGACCUGGGCUGCCACGUCGAGCUCCGGGAGCUGUGGACCGGCCAGAAGGGCGACCUGGCACCGUGACCCCUUGCACGCAUCCGCCGCGCAGUCCUGUCCCUGCCGGGACCGCGUCGAGGCUGGGGACCCGAGGGGAGGUAUGGGGUGGCCCCGUAGUUGUCGUCCAGUGUCGCCCGGCAGCUCGUGAGUGGGCCGUCACCAAUCCGCCCCUCUCGGGUCGCAGAGCCCGGCUGAGUAUUUCGUGGGGCAGAGGCCACGCCCUCCCACCUGACUCCCGCGUUCGGCUGCGCUGGCUCUGUUCCCGGUGCUGUGCUCGCGGGCCGCAGGGCCCGGCUCUGGGUUUCCCGCCUGGAAAUGGGCCUCUAGCGCCUGGCUCCUGUCAAGCAUCGCGAUGUCCGCUAAUAAAGGUCACCAGUGGACACUG